AUGACCUCGAGAACACCCAUAAUCCGACGUAGACCGCUAUCUACCAAGGAUCCCAACAUCGAACAUGGGAGCUCACCUAGACCUGUCCCUACUACGCCACGCCAAACCGACCGAUCACCACCUCAUCGAGCUGCGUUGCUUUCCACUCUUAGGUAUGAGCAGACAUUAGAAGCUACCCCUUCACCACUUAGAGAGCUAGAGAGAGGAUGGAAGGAGGUACGUAGGAAUAGAUUGGGGCUACCUCAGCCGAUGGAUGGAGAUGAAACGGCCAUUCAGCUUAGACACACCCAUUACGAACAAUCCCCAGAUCCUGAGAAUAUAGAUGAAGAACAUCAGAAGGAGCUCAAAGGGGAUCGGAGGAGACAGAUAGAUUCUUAUAAUGGAUUCAAGAGAGACAGACCUGAACGAAAUAAAAACCAAAUCAAUGUCCGAUUUGUCACUUCUUCAUCUUCAGCUCUUCUUACUCCACCUCAUACACCGCCAGAAUCGCCUAGAUCCCCGCAUGCUAAUGUAUCAACAAUGAUCAACCGAAACGCAUCUAAAUACCCUCCGCCCACGAGUAUGACUGUCGAACCGAAAUUGUCUACAGCAAAGACAGCAUUCGUAACUUCUCCUCUCGUACCGGAUACAAUACACCGAGAACAACCAUUUACGAGAGAUACUAUCCAACCAAUUCUUUCCUAUCCGCUCCCACCGACCUCUCAUCCUGUCCCCAUUCAGAAGAACCAGAAAGAUACGAUCUACAUUCCCUCUCAACCAUCAUCCUACGAGAUGAUCCUUUAUCUUGUAGGUGGACGAAUCGUCAAGGUGAAGAAGGGAGGGAGCUUGGUCGAGUUCACUACUGGAGAUAAUAAGGGGAAGAAAAGGGAGACAAUAUUGAAGAUCUCUCAUGCGGAGCAUUGGGUUCAGGGGGAUAGGAGAGAUUGGGAGAAUUUGAGAGGGGUGGUUGAAGGGUUUAAAAGAAUUACACCGAGGAUCAAAAUCUUUCAUCCGCUUGGACAUCUGUCGAUUACCUGCUCAACACCGCCUGAUCUCAUAUUGACCUUUCGGAUGCAAUCUGCUUUGACACCUCCACUCCCCCGAAAUGAUAAGGCGGAGACAUCAGCACUAUCGAGCCGAACUGAAUCCACGAACAGCGCAUCCAGGGCUCGGCUCGUGUAUUCUAGGUCUACCAGGGAAUUAAGGCUCGAUACUGCCUGUACAGACGUGCUUUGUAAAGAGGAAAUUAGGACUAGAAGGAUCAUACGUAUCUCUCGUCAAGUUGACUCUGUAGCUCUGAAAGAGCAAAAUACUCGUGAUCAAGUUGGUCUUGAAAGUAUAUCGCAGCUAUUUGGCCUGGACACUGAGUUACUAGAUUGGAGGGAGGAGGAGAAAGAGGGGUUGAGAAGGUUAUGGGUAUUGAGGAGUGAAUGGGUUAGAUGGGGUGGGUAG